GUAUUAGUGCACAUCGAAACGAAAACAAAAACAAUCUUUUUUUUUUUCUAUCGAGUGUAUGUUGGAACCCGCUUGAAUAUGAAUUCUAAACUCGUAAAUAUAGUGCCUGGUGAAGCUUCCGAAACGGAUGACGAUGGUGAAGAAAUUUGUGGAAAGGUUUUUAAAAUCGGCAGCGGCCCAGACGCCCCACCCCUUAUUAGUAUCGACACGGACAACUCUCCACAACGUCAGCUGUCGAUUACAUACGGCGAAGAAGCUUUCGAUGUGUCGGCUGUUUCCGAUGAGUAUCUUGAACGCUGGCGACUGCGUCGAAUAAUCAAUGAGCGUUGCGUUUCUCUUUUGAACGAGUUCAUCCACACGACGGCUGUUUCCGUUUCGAAGCAACUGGCUGAAACCGACAAUUUGUUGAUGAAAUCUCAGGUGGUUCUACAAAAUACAACGAGUUCAAUGAAGAAAGUCAACGAAUCCACAGAACAAAUUAAAACCAAACUGCAAAGUAUUCUUGCUGUAAACUUUAUACCAAAAAUCAAUAUCUAAGAAAAAAACAAAUUAUUGAAAUAUA